UGUGGCGCCCAUAGCCUGCCAGCCCUCCCGACCCUCCCGUGUGUGCAAAACCCCCCAAAAGGGCGUCAACUGGCAAGUGAUCACAUUUAGUGAAUCCGUGGACAGUGUAGUCAUUGGUGACAAACAGUGUCUUCAACACCGCUUUCCCUCAAGUCUUUGUUAGCGUUUGAGUGGACUCUUGAGCGCAUGUCUUGAUCUUCACAUCAGUUUAUCUCGAAAUGUCUUCAUUUUGCGACAAUUGGUCCACAAAUUGCACAAUCAAUACAUCGUGUCAUUGAUUGCUUGGUGUCUAUAGUGGCAGACAUUCACACAAAACAGUAUUUGCAUUGAAAUUAAACGCUAAUCACAAGAAUCACUCAAACUUUGGUCCGAAAUGUCUGUCGCUUUCAUCCCUCAGCAGAAGAGUCGACCGAAUCUGAAUCCCCAACAGAUCCAAAAGAUGUUGGAUGAAAACACACAUUUGAUUCAAUGCAUAGUCGACUACCAGAACAAAGGCAAAGGACAGGAAUGUCUUCAAUAUCAACAACAACUGCACCGAAAUCUCGUAUACUUGGCGUCAAUCGCCGAAACCAAUCCCAAUAUAUCGGCAUUACUUCCGCCGCCGCAGAGCUUCACUCCGACCACGAACUCGAUGAACAACCGGUCGGUCUCUCCAUCGAUGUCUCAGUCGAUGGCAUCGAUGAACUCGAGCGCCAACCAAAUGCAGAUGCAGUCGCAUAACCAGGCGAUGCAUCUUCAGCAGCAACAACAGCAACAGUCUUCACAAUCGGCACAACCGCCGAUUGGCGGCCAAUCAGGUGGUGGUCAACACCAGACACAACACCCGUCGUCGCAACAGACGUCUCCCUCAAUAACUCCCCCCUCGAUGGCAGCCGACAGUCGUAUAACUUCUCCGAACGGAUCCAAUAGUUCCCAAAACGACAACUUCAUAGACGCUCCGCAACGGCCUCCGUCUCAGUCCCAGACACAGCCUAUGCCUCAAUCACAGCCCCCAUCAUCACAGGCGCCGCCGCCACUCCAACAAUCGGGAGGACAACCGCCACAACAGUCACCGUCGCAUCCAAUGCCACAGAACUCCUCACAACCACAACAACCGCAACAAAUGCCGCCACAGACUGCUUACUCGCGAUCAAUGGGUGCCUCACAAGCUAUGCCACCCGUGGGACCCCCACCGCCCACCUCUUCCCAAAGCCAGUACGGAAUGAUGCCUCCGCCCCCACCCCCUCCACCCGUCUCACAAUAUGGCCCCCAAUCACAGCAACCAAAUGCUUAUAGCUAUGGCUCGCAUUCACAACAGUUUAAUCAAAACUAUUCACAGCAACCGACCGCUCCCUAUCAGUAUAACUAUCCCCCGGGUAACGGACCCCCAGGCCCUCCACAGGCUGGUGCUAACAGUGGUUAUCCACCGCCACCCCCUUCCAACCAAUACCAAGGCUAUCAAGGAUACGGCCCUUCAGGACAGUCAGGACCGGCGCCACCACAACAGCCGCCCCAACAGUGGUACUCACAAUCAGCUCCAAUGCCGGCUCAGACCCAACCCUAUUCGGCACCGGCUCCCACUCACGCCUCCCACACGACACACAGCGCUGGUCCUCCACAGGGACCCCCACCACCCCCUCAGACUUAUGCCGGUUAUUCGAAUCCGAGUUACAAUCAAAGCUCCCAAUACUCGCAACCAAAUUAUGGCAACACUUAUGGUCCGCCUUCAGGACCACCGCAGCCACAGAACGGCGGUUAUGGAACCAUACCUAAUGCCGGUCCUCCGCCCCCACAACAGAGACCCAACUAUAGCCAACAGCCCUACGGACACUACCCUCAACGCCCACAACAAAUGGGCGGUUAUGCCGGUUAUGAUCAGUCGAAUCAAGGAUAUGGCGGUUAUCCACCGCAACCCCAAUAAAGUUCUAAAACUAUUUAUUUCUAUAAUAUUAUGACUUUUUUUGUAUUUAAUUUGUUUAUAAAUUAUCUAAAAAUGUACUUAUUUUCAGUAAUAUUUUAUGUAUUUUUGGUUAUUUUGGUUAAUAGUUAUGUGAUAAUCGGUUUACAGUCUCGUCUUUACGUAACCAAUCAUUUCUUGAGAUUAAUGUAAUCAAUGUUUGCAUUUAAUUCUUUGGAG